GCGGCGGAGUAGGUGAAGUCUGAAGGCUCCACAGACGCAACGCAGCGGCCGAGAGAGCUGCACGUGAGCUGGAUGUGAGGACGAGCGUUCCCGCUGCCGGUUCCGUUCAUCGCCCGCCUCCAGUGGGUCUCUUUCGGCGAAUUUGUUCGGUUUUAUCGGUGCGGAGAAAACACAAGUGUCCCGUUGUCACCGCGCCCAGAGGAGCCCGGACCGAUUGAGUCUCCACGGUUCUCAUGUUGUGUUUAAGGGCCGCCUCCUGCGCGGGAUUGUCCACACUCUGACUCUUGUAGUGAGAAGAACGCUGUUAAACUCAAAAUGGCAGAAGAAGCUCCAGCUGCAGCACCGGCCGCUGCUCCGGCCAAAGCCGCUAAGAAGAAGGUCUCCAAGCCCAAGAGGAGCGGCCCCAGCGUGGGCGAGCUCAUCGUGAAAGCCGUGACUAACUGCAAGGAGCGGCACGGCAUGUCCACCGCCGCCCUAAAGAAGGCGCUGGCUGCCGGCGGCUACGACGUGGAGAAGAACAAGGCUCGGGUCAGGAUCGCCAUCAAGAACCUGGUGAGCAAGGAAGUCCUGACUCAGACCAAGGGAGUCGGCGCGUCGGGCUCCUUCAAGCUCAACAAGAAGACCGACAGCAAGCCCAAGAAGCCGGCGGCCAAGAAGCCCGCUCCCAAAGCCAAGAAGCCCGCAGCCAAGAAGCCCGCAGCCGCCAAAAAGCCCAAAGCGGCGGCGGCAAAGAAGCCGGCGGCCGCUAAGAAGUCCCCGAAGAAAGUAAAGAAGCCCGCAGCGGCCAAGAAGGCGGCCAAGAGCCCCAAGAAGGCGGCAGCAAAGAGCCCGAAGAAGGUGGUGAAGAAGGCGCCUGCCGCCAAGAAGGCUCCCGCCGCUAAGAAGGCUCCGGCCAAGAAGGCGGCGAAGCCCAAAGCCAAGAAGACGGCGGCCAAGAAGAAUUUCCCGUUCAUCGCUGUUCUUUAAAACCUACAUCCAGGCCUUUGAGCCUGAAGCAAAGCUGCUGCUCUGUAACAGUCAGUUACAGGCUGUUGCUGAGUGAAUCAUGGCCGCUGCUCAGCUGUAACAGCUCCAUGAGCUCCGACUGGGACUGAGUUCCCACGCUCAUCCGCCAGCGGGUGUCUCUGCUUUUCCUUAGGAGCUUCUUGUGCUGAACAUUUCUCAUGACUUCUGUCUGUGAAGUACUUACAUGUUUGUAUACAAUUCGUUGCCCGUAUUUAUAUUUUAUUCUCGUGUUGUGAAUGUCCUUGUUGGUGCUUCGAGUCCAGAUGCCUGUAGUUAUUCAGCAGUAGAGGCAAUUACUGCUUUAUGUAGGGGAGAAUGUUAAGAACAGGAGUUUGAACAAGAUGAAAGUUUUGAUUAUAUUAAUUCUUGAUUUGUAAUUGGUAUUUUUAUUCCAUUUUUUCACUUUUUUUAUCUUGUUUUGUUUUCCCAGUUUCUUUCACUGCAUCUCUUGUUACAGAUGUUAAUAACGAGUCUAGUUCCUCUACGCUCGGGCCGCUGCUCCGUGCGCGUAGCCGAUGAACGAGCUGUUGAUCUUACGGAUUAACGGACCGAUGGCCGACGCGUGGAGCGCAGCGCUCCGAGGACAGCCCCGCUCCACUCCUCCGCUCCGCUUAGCUCUCUGUUGGGGCUCCGUUAACUUUCACCUCGAUACAAGCACUGAAUCAUCGUUAACAAGGCUUCUCCUUAAUUUCAUGUUAUAUAUAUAUAACAGCUGCUUGUAUCCAUAUCUUCUGUUAUUGUAUUAAGAUCAUCACAUAAUAUAAUGCCAUACCCUAUUAAAAGAAACUUUCUAAACAGCUGGACUUUUUGAACUAUCAGGAGCUGUAAGUUCAAACUCCUUUUUGUCAU